AUCUACCUAUCUUUACCCCUUUCCCCUAAGAUACAAAGUUUAGUUAACUUAUCUCUCUCUACCCAAGUUACAUACUAAAGUAGUCAGUAAACAAGCUCCUAACUAUCUUUCUUGACUUCUUUCUUUCUGUAGUCAUCUGCAGUGAAACAAAACACCCCCCAAUGCCCAAGCUCUCUCGAGUCAGCCAACUCAACCAACCAUACAUAGUUAAAAGUAGACUACUAGUGAUCCAGCUGAAACGUGCCAGGACCCUCCUGGUUUGCUUUACCCCUGUCUCAUCAUCAUUAUCACACCCCCUCAUACAUACAUUGAAAAUAGAAUCCUACCUUCCCCUCCCCUACUCCAUGAGCCAAAACCGCUCUACUACAUGCGUUCGUUGAUCCGGAUGACUCUUACCGGGAUAGCCGAUGAACAUUGAUGAUCCUUACUAUUAAUCUAUUUUAGGAGGGGGGUGUUGUGCCGUGGGACGGAACUGUUAUUAGCGAACAAACAGCGAACUGGAGUAGCCUGAGUAAAAUGUUCUAUAAAUAAAUAAAUAGCAGGAUAGCCGGGGUACUGCAGUGGUUAGUAGUAGUAUUGAAGAAGAGCUAAACUGCAGUGCAGUGCAGUGCAAUUUACCCCAUAA